GUCAGAGCCACCCAACCCAUCGCCACUGACGUUGUUCACAGCUAUCGUAGGGUUGUUCACUGAGCCUCCCCCACACACCUGACACUCUACAACGCAGAUGGUAGAAUAAUGGCGCCAGGCUCAAAUUAUCUCAAGGUAUAGUGAAGCUACAGUUCGCCUUGUGACCUGAAUAGCCCACCUGUGUUACAUGUGGCGAAAGGCCGAAAUCCCUACAAUGUACAACUGCCAGAUCAGCCACCCAUGUUGUCAGUACAACUGUACGUUAGGGUAAUUAUUUCAUACUGCGAUCUCGUUGAAGUGUGGCGUCACACCAGGAAGCUCCACUUUACAACAGUACUCCGUGAGUUUCCGUCGAAACGAUUUCUGUCUAUGCUAUGGAGUUAGUGACCUUAUUGGUGAUUCUGCUUAGCGUGUGCUGUUCUGUGUUGAUUUAUCAAAAAUGGAGAGAUAUAUCGUCAAAGCCCUUACCCCCAGGACCAAGAGGGUUAGGGACGUUCUUCAAUUUUGUAAAUGCUGUUUCCAACUUCACUCUCCACGUCCACGCCGACCGCUGGGCGAGGCAGUAUGGGGACAUCGUUUCAGUGGCACUGUUUGGGCAGAAUAUCGUCAUCCUUAACGAGGGGAGGUUAAUGAAGAGGUUUUUCUGUGACGAUUCCCUGAAAAUGGUCACCAAUGAUAGACCGAGCUCGUUCGCUUCAAGGUUCGUUUUCAAGGACCAGUGUAUAGGAGUGAGCUCCUUGGGUAAACAUCACACACGAAUGAGGAAGCUAUUUCACAGUUCCUUGAAACUCUACGGGGAUGGCGUCCAGUGCUUUGAGGACACGAUCAUUGAAGAACUUCGGCGCGUUGUGUUGCAGAUUAACUCGAACGCGGAAGUACCACUGGAUGAAAUAAUAUCCAACUUUUUGCUGAAUGCCAUACACAUUCUCCUGACAGAUGAACGUCCAAACGAUGGCGAUUCUACACUCCGCCAGAUGAAAGAGUACAACAGCGCUGUCAACAGGUUGUUUGGACUAGAAGUUGACCAACCUCUGACUAUAAUGCCUUUCCUGCGCUAUCUACCGGGGCCUCUCAAAACGAAGUGCGACAAUGUGAAAUCUUGUAUAGAAGCGCUGUACGCAUCCAUAUAUGAGAAUAUGAAGGCCCAGUACAUCCCGGGUGAGCCCCGCGGUUUGAUUCAAGCUGCCUUAGAAACUCAACACAACAUGAGCGACAAAUCCAAGAUGGCGGAUGAUCACAUCCGGUUUAUAAUGCUAGAAAUAAUCUCAGCUGGAUACCUGACAACAAGAGGGACGUUACUUGGUCUUUUCCUCGCUUUGAUGGAACAACCGGAUCUUCAAGACACGCUGUACGAACACAUCAAGGCCAGCGUAGGCGACCGAAAGGUCAAUGUCGUGGACAGAGGGUCAAUUCCGUAUGUGGAUGCCAUGGUACUGGAAGUCCUGAGAUACCUAACCCACGGGCCGGUAUCCCUACCACACCGGACCAACAAGGACAUGGAGAUAGACAGCUACAGGAUACCCAAGGAUUCAAUUAUUUUGGCCAAUUUCUGGUCAAUGGCACAUGACGAGAAGGUGUGGGACUCCCCAUGGGUGUUUCGGCCCGAGCGUUUCCUUGAUGACCAAGGUCACCUACUGCCGCCAGAUCAUCCAGUUCGGCAACGGUUCUUGCCAUUUGGUGUAGGAAAACGACAAUGUCCUGGAGAAGUGUUUGCCAAAACGAGGAUGUUUCUAUUAAUAACUACUCUAUGCCAGCAUUUCAAGUUUCUACCUCCAGAGGGCGGGAUGACGUCAUCGUCCGAUGUGAGAACCUGGUCACCAGGUUUAAUUCUUCAACCAGAGAAAGUCUUGUGCAAGGUGGAACUGAGAGAUACCCGUCCUCUGCUUCAGUGAAAACAUUUAAUUGGUUCAGUUAAUAUAUACAGUGCACAUUAAUACUAACUUCAGUGAAUGCAUUGUCUACGUCAGUGAAUACAUAAAACAUGUGUCUACUUCAGUGAAUUCAUUGUCUACUUCAGAAAAUGCAUAAGACAUGUGUCUUCUUCAGUGAAUGCAUUGUCUACUUCAGUGAUUACAUUGUCUACUUCAGUAAAUACAUAAAACAUGUGUCUUCUUCAGUGAAUGCAUUGUCUACUUCAGUGAUUACAUUGUCUACUUCAGUAAAUACAUAAAACAUGUGUCUUCUUCAGUGAAUGCAUUGUCUACUUCUGUGAAUACAUUGUCUACUUCAGUCAAUACAUAAAACAUGUGUCUACUUCAGUGUAUGCAUUGUCUAUUUCAGUGAAUGCAUUGCCUAAUUCAGUCAGUACAUAAAACAUGUGUCUACUUCAGUGUAUGCAUCGUCUACUUCAGUGAAUACAUGGUCUACUUCAGUCAAUACAUACAAAAUGUGUCUACUUCAGUGAAUGCAUAAAACAUGUGUUUAAUUCAGUGAAUGUAUUGUCUACUUCAGUGAAUACAUUGUCUACUUCAGUGAAUUCAUAAAACAUGUAUCUACUUCAGUGAAUGCAUUGUCUACUUCAGUGAAUGGAUUGUCUACUUCAGUGAAUACUUAAAACAUGUGUCUACUUCAGUGUAUGCAUUGUCUAUUUUAGUGAAUGCAUAAAAUACGUGUCUACUUCAGUGAAUACAUUGUCUACUUCAGUCAAAACAUUGUCUACUUCAUUCAAUACAUAAAACAUGUGUCUACUUCAGUGUAUGCAUUGUCUACUUCAGUGAAUAAAUUGUCUACUUCAGUGAAUACAUAAAACAUGUGUCUACUUCAGUGUAUGCAUUGUCUACUUCAGUGAAUACAUUGUCUACUUCAGUAAAUACAUAAAACAUGUGUCUACUUCAGUGUAUGCAUUGUCUAUUUCAGUGAAUACAUUGCCUAAUUCAGUCAAUUAAUAAAACAUGUGUCUACUUCAGUGAAUGCAUUGUCUACUUCAGUGAAUACAUUGUCUACUUUAGUGAAUUCAUAAAACAUGUGCCUACUUAAGUGUAUGCAUUGUCUACUUCAGUGAAUACAUUGUCUACUUCAGUAAAUACAUAAAACAUGUGUCUACUUCAGUGAAUGCAUUGUCUACUUCAGUGAAUACAUUGUCUACUUUAGUGAAUUCAUAAAACAUGUGCCUACUUAAGUGUAUGCAUUGUCUACUUCAGUGACUGCAUUGUCUACUUCAGUGAAUACAUUGUCUACUUUAGUGAAUUCAUAAAACAUGUGUCUACUUCAGUGAAUGCAUUGUCUACUUCAGUGAAUGCAUUGUCUACUUCAGUGAAUGCAUUGUCUACUUCAGUGAAUACAUAAAACAUGUGUCUACUUCAGUGUAUGCAUUGUCUAUUUUAGUGAAUGCAUAAAAUACGUGUCUACUUCAGUGAAUACAUUGUCUACUUCAUUUAUUACAUGUCUACUUCAGUCAAUAUAUUGUCUACUUCAGUGAAUACUUUGUCUACUUCAGUCAAUACAUAAAACAUGUGUCUACUUCAGUGUAUGCAUUGUCUACUUCAGUGAAUAAAUUGUCUACUUCAGUGAAUACAUAAAACAUUGUCUACUUCAGUCAAUACAUAUGUCUACUUCAGUCAAUAUAUUGUCUACUUCAGUGAAUACUUUGUCUACUUCAGUCAAUAUAUAAAACAUGUGUCUACUUCAGUGUAUGCAUUGUCUACUUCAGUGAAUAAAUUGUCUACUUCAGUGAAUACAUAAAA